CCACCUCCCCUCCGCUGGUUUUUCCGUUGCGAUAGAACCAAUCCCUCGCUAGCCCUACCUCGUCUCCCGUCUCCAGUCGCAGCCGCCGCCGCACCCCAAUCCAACCCCGCCGCCGGCGAUCUCCUCGCCCCCCUGCGCCGCCGCCCCCAACCUUCUAUUCCUCUCCCAAGGGAAGGGAAGGGAAGGGAAGGGAGAGGGAGCGCCCAGAUCCACGGCGGCAUCAGCGCGCUGUCGUCGACCUGAUCCGCGUCCGUCCUCGAGGGAGGUCGGCCAUGGAGGUCCGACGCGGCCCAGCAGCAGCCAUGGACGGACGGAGACACCCCAAACCCUACCUGGGACGACGCCUCAACCUUCAAGGACGCGCGCCGGCGACCGCAGAUCUCCGGAUGACUGCCCCGGAUCUGGACGCACAACCUGCAGCUGCAGCAACAGUUGGACGACCGAACGCACGAGCCCUCCUUCCCUCCCUCAUGGCUCUGCUUCCUCCUACCCUGCCCCCUCACGUGGGCAUGCGGCGGACGUAUGACUGCUACCUGCACAAGCGGAUGGCCCUGCGAGCCGGACCAACCUCCAGCUGCUGUGGCGUACCACGGGCAGAUUUAUCCCAACGAGGUAUGCAUGAAACAAGGAGCCCAAAAAUUAAAUUAAAACAAAUCGACGCCAACAGCGAUGGGGGUGAGUAA